GCUGCUCCAACACGACGCACGACGCAGGGGCGCAGCAGCGAAUAACGGAUUACUGAUCAACUCAUCGAUGACACAUUUAGAGUCGUAACUUCUGCAUAUACACCACGCCAUAGGAUAAUUGCCCUACAAGAAACAUGACAUGAAGAUAUUUCCUCUCCAAACCGUGUGUUCGAAUUCGCAGCUGGAUCCACUUGUUUGCCGCAGAGGAGAAAUCUAGGACUCUGAAGUAUGAGGAUCAAUACUUGUGUCAGGAUAUGUUUAUUAUGGACAAAGGAGCGCGUGUAAAAAAAAGCCGGUUUCACCCGUCCUUCCAACGUGGGGAAAAAAGCCUGAGUUCAUUUUUCCACAACGGAAAUGAGAUCAGUCCCAUUGCCUGGCUCCACUUUUUCUAAAACAUGGUCGAUGUAACUCCAUAGUGCCGGGAUUUGACGUUCUCUGACUUUUUUCAAACAGCUUGUUGUUAAUGGAAAGAUGUUUGCUGGACUGAUGGGGCUGGGAUGUCACAGUAACUCUCUGCUUCACUGCGAAGUCAUGGAAGGUGGCAGAGCAUCAGGGACAGCUGGCAGCUCCGCUCGUAAGAGGCUCCACCGAAGACCUGGAUACAUGAGAGGAGAUCAGUCCAGACUACAGAGCCCUACUCAUGGGCAGGAGGAGGAGGAGGAGGAGGAGGAAGAGGAAGAGAGGACCACUAGCAUUUGGAACGGAAAAUCUGGACGUCGCACUGACAUCACCGAGGGUACCAGCGCUCAGAGGAUGAGCCUAACACCUGCUGUCAAAUUAUCCGUAAUGAAUCAGCAACAGCCUGAUGAACUCACAUGUAGCUCCUGGAAGAGUAGUUUUAUCUGCUCUGUUACCCGUCCUCUUCCCCAUGUGGACUACAGUGCCAUGAAUGGUACAUCCAGCCACCGGGGUCCGUCCUCUCUGCCCCAGAAUGAACUCAGGUUACGCCUGAGCCCGGCCCUCCGGUCGUCACCAGUGGACUCCUUUAACUCCAGCUUCAGUUUCAUUCAACAGUCCCUCAACUCCAGCCAGAAGACAAACGCAACCACUGCCACACCAUCCUGGAAACCAGAACCACUAAAUCAACCAACUAAAGCACCUAGUUCACAUCAAACAAAACCAGCAACCUUAUCCAUUGAGCACAAUGUCUCAAAACAGUCAACGUCUGUCCAAUCACUGCCCUCCUCCGCCCCAGGAAGCCAUGCGGAGCGAGAGGAGCUGUCAUUAGGCGGUAGGUUUUGGCGGGAGUGUCAGUGGGGUGGCAGGGAGGGUACACCCGACCUGCCUGACUGUGACUCCCCAUCUCUGGAUAUAGAGAUCACCUCGUCAUUGUCUGUGGACUCAGACACUGCCUCCGCCUCUUCUGUCACCUCCGGAUAUGAGAGCGCCACGCCUGCCUCCGAGCAAGGCUGGGACAACCUGGUGAAGAAGUACGAGGGAGUGCUGCAAGACUGCCUCCAAAACAACCGCACGCACACUAAGAUUGAGUCCUUGAUGUUGAAGCUGCAGAAGCUCCAGCAGAAAGCCAUUUUGGAUGAUGACUAUGACGCAGCUGAGCGUUUUGGGAAAAAGCUGGAGGAGCUGUGCAGGGAGCGCUCCGCUCUGAAGCUGGGUUUACCCUCCAGACAGCCCAGCGUUGCUCUGUUCCUGGAGCGGCUCGGACAGGUGGUGCACAGCGCCCUCCAGAGGGCAGACUGCAGUCAGCGCAGGAAGGAUGUGGAGCCCGAUGCAGGGGAUCAGUCCGACUCAUCACAGGGUCCACUGCAUCGAAAAGAUCGCCUGAUCCAAGAGAAACAGCUGGUAGAGGAGGAGAUAGCAGCGCUGCAGCGGAGGCUGACGGAGCUAAAGGACCGCAGUCGAUGCCUGGAGCAGCAGAUCCAGCAGGAGGAGCAGCAGGUGGAGGCCGAGGAGCUGGAAGGCUCCGUGCUGCGGAGCUGCACCGUGGCCCAGCUCCGCGACAUGAGCCGAACCCUGCAGGACCUCGUCACCUCUGAAAACCGCACGCUGAUCUCUGCCUCUCCUUCACCCUCCUUCAUCAGACUCCAGGAGCAGGAACAGGCAUUGAAUCUGUCCAUCAAGGAAGCCACUGCUAAAGUGGUCAUGAGUCAGAGGCUGGGCAGAAGCCUGAGGAGGAAAGUCAGCGAGACGGAAACUCAGCUUUUGGCACUGCAUGAAGCCAAACUGGCGGCCAUCUCAGGAAACGACUUCAGCAGUGCCAAGGAGCUGAAGGCUGAGAUGAAGGCGGUGUACCUGGAGCGGGACCGGCUGGAUGCUCUGGCCAAGAGGCUGCACAGCCUCAGCUCGGGGAGCAGCCAGGAGCUGGCCAGCAUGAAGGAACAGCGGCAGCAGCUCAGGCAGGAGCUGCAGCAGAAGGAGGCCCAGCACGAAAGCCGGCUCAAAGAGAACACUACAAAGUAUAUCAAGCUAUUGGAGGACAGAUUGCACAGCUGUGGCUGUCCAGGCUUGGAAAGGAUCUGGGAGGCUGACUUGGAAGCGUGUCACCUGCUAUUGCGAGGCCUGCAGUUGCGGACUCCCAGCUGCAGUGGAGGAAACAUCGAAGACUUCUCCACUGCAGCAGCUUAUCCUCCAACCCAGCCGUGCACCAAAGAAGAAGAAGACUGCGCCAUGCUGACUGCUUUAGGAGGGCGCUGGUGUCCCGAGGCCAACUUACAGAAUUCUGAGUUCACAAAGAAAUUGGAGGAGUUUUUGUUCUGCAUGGAGGAUAAUCACCCAGAGGACGGGUGCAGCGAGGCUGCGGAUCUGACAGAGCACUGCGAGCUGAUCAGUGACAGACUAAUGACCUUGGAAGAUGAAUUGCAGACAGCCAUACUGAACCGCGAUCAGGCCCUCACCCAGUCGUUGGAAAAGGAGGUUCAGGAAGUAAAAGCCACUUUACAGACCAUGCUCGCUCAGCUCAAAGAGGAAGAGGAAGUGAAUGAGUUACAAGAUGACGACCUCAUGAAAAGCGGGACAGACGAAGAAGAGGAAGAAGAAGAAGAGGAAGAAGAUGAGGAAGAAGAAGACCAGUACUUCAGUGACAGCUGGGGCAUUUGAAAUGGAUGCUUGUAGUGUUUUAUGACCACUCACACACAGACCGGCUCUCUGAGAGCCUGACCUCGGCUCUGCAGUAGGAGUGACCCCAUAUCCAUUUACUGUAAAGCUUCACUCAAAGGGCUUCACAACCAGCCUCUGUGGUACUGCUGAAAGUUUCCAGUAUAAAGCCUUGGAAAGUCUGUAACAUUUGAUCCAUUUACAAAUGGAGAAACAUGAAGGAUUUUGAUAAACAUUUAAAAUAUAAGACACUUUAAUGCACAAUUUGACAGUUCUUCAAAUCUUGCCAGCCUAAGUUUAACCAGGUAGAAUGCGUUCGGCCACCAAGCCGCAUGGUGGUUAUUUUUACAAUUGAGAUGUUUUUGAAGACAGGUUUACAUCUUACUUGUGCUGAGAUAUAUGACAUUUACUUUUUUCUACAUUUACUGUAAAAAUAUUACCAAUUUUAGGUGAUUAUUUGGUUGAUUAAGGGUUUUUAAUUUGCUCUGAUUUGUUGCUAUUUGCAAAAACAGUUGAGUCUUAAAGCGAGAAUGUAACUUGUUGAACAAGAGCAGCUUGUGGCAAGUGAAGGUUAGAUUAACAGUAGUAAGAGUCAUACAGUCAGUGAACAGGCUCAGUGAUGUCAGUUACACAGCAAUGUGUAUCCAGUGUUUGCUAAUAUUAGCUAGCAUUAGCCACCAUGAGUUCACCAAAACUCCUGUGGUGCAUUUCCCAUGUUUUUUUGUUUGUUUGAAAGAGUAAGUGUGUUAUUUCUUAAAUGCAAUGAAAAUUCAAUUAAAAAAACAGGAAAUGUAUAAUGUUUUAAAAAUAGCAAGCCUGAAACCACUGAACAAUCACUAAUCUCUAACCACUACCAGCUGUUUGAAUUUAGGCUGAGGACCAAGUGGACAAUCUAAACGUCUCUUACUGGUAAAAGUCCUGCACAUAAAAUAAAAGUGUACGCUUCAUUUUUAGAUCAACUAGGCACUUUUCUGUGUUUUCCGUACGAUUGGACUUCAGUUACAUGUAAUUUUGUCCAUGAAAUAUUUGUGGUGCUACAGAAUGUGAGCUAACUUGAACACUUUAUUGUUUUCUUUGUGUGGAAAAUGCAAUAUUUAGAUUUUUUUCCUCGACGUAUUAACCACUGUACGCUCGGCGGAGAGAUGCUCUGUAUUUUAAAAUACAUACGUCGCAAAUUGUGUCUUAUGCAUGUAGGAAAUAUUGAAGGAUACUAUAUCAGUGGAAGUAUUUGCAACUGCCGUUUGUUUUUCUUGAAUAAUCUUAUCUGCCACUGAUUAUGUGUUAUUUUUAUUUUACUUAGUCUUCUUCAUUCCACUGGUGUCACUUGACUUUUUGCCAGAAACCUUUUUGUACUUUCACACAUUAAUCAGUUUUUUAAUUUACUGUGCAGCUUGAAUUAGCUGUAUCAUUUUAUAUUUAUUCCUUACUGCAUCUCACUAAUUACAGCAUGUACCAUUCCAGCCUAA